UAAUAACUGCACAAUAUUAAGUCGUCGACCUUAUAGUCCUGAGGAUUUCGGGGAGACUCGAAAUGAAGCUCCUUCUGAACCUUGCUUUAAAUUCGUCCAGAACAGUGUCACAUUUGAAGGGUAGUCUGCUAAAUCACACUCCAUGCUGGAGAAAGAUGGCGACCGAAGUGGAGAAGGCUCAGACUGCUACUCCUGGUGGUGAUACCAUUUUCGGGAAAAUACUGCGUAAAGAAAUUCCUUGCAAUUUCAUUUACGAAGAUGAUCAGUGCGUGGCGUUUAGUGACAUCAACGCUCAAGCGCCGGUGCAUUUCUUGGUGAUCCCACGAAAACCGAUUUCUCAACUCUCCAAGACUGAGGACGGGGACGAAGCUCUGCUGGGUCAUUUAAUGUUAGUCGCCCGUAAAGUGGCGAAACAGCAAGGUCUCGACGACGGUUUUCGUCUGGUCGUCAACGACGGAAAACACGGCGCACAGUCGGUCUUUCAUUUGCAUUUGCAUAUCCUCGGUGGUCGUCAAUUGCAAUGGCCACCUGGUUAAGGAAUUUUAUGACUAUCAAUAAAAUAUCUCACGCAACCGUACUUUCUUGUUACGAAGGAUAAAUUUUGUGGGUAAUAAAGCACUGAAAGAGUCGA